UGUAUGUGUGAGAGAGCAGCACAGCGAGAGAGAGAGAGAGACGAGUGUGUGUAAAGCGGAGUGUGUGAGCGCGAAGCACCGGGGAUCCUGAGCCUGGAGGGGAGCCGUGUGACGAGAGAGGGGGGCUCUUCAGCCUGUGGAUGUAUGUGCCAGGACAGCGUUUUUCUUUUCCUUUUUUUGUUGUGUUUUUUUUUUUUUGCAGGCGUGCGUACAUGUGUGUGUGUGAGAGACGGGGAGUGUGGGCAUGCCAGCGUGCGUGUGUGUAACAGUGUCGUCGAUCAGCGACGGGCUCUUCGCAUUAUGCAGCCGACGGUGCUCAUCACACUUUGAGGACUGACUCAUCUACACCGGGGCUGUGGAGACAGAAGAAGACGGAGGAGAGGAAGGAAAGACAGAUGGAUGGAGAGACAGGAGGACAGUUUUAGGCUCUUGAUGCUUUGGGUCCCCCUAGACUGUCCAAAGGUCUAGUCCAUUUGUGGGACGCCAGUAGCUUCACCCCCUUGUUCCCCCAUCAAAUUGGAAUUGCAGACACAUACCCAGACAGGUAGCCAAAAAUUGCCAAAAAAAAAAAACCAGAAAGGAAAAUAAAAUCCCCCAGUCGUCGUCUUUAUUUCUGCUCCACGGAGUAGGACAAGAGGUUCUCCCGUUCUCCGCGGGGUCUUUUUUUUUCCGUCGUUCUUUUUCACGGGGGGUUGCAGGAUCCUAUCCCGGGCGCCGACGGGGGGGGGGAGAUAAGAGGCUGGCAGACGAGACGGGACAGACGCAGGCAUGGCUCGCCUCAACUGGUGCCUGGCUGCCGUCAUCAGCUGGGGCAAGUUCCUCUUCGCCUGCUUCUUUCCUCUGCGGGGGGCCAAGCGAGACAAGCCCGACGAGCUGGAGGGCGUCCACACACACACCUUCAAGCUGAAGCCGUUCAAGAAGGCCAAGAGCUGUGAUAUAUGCAAGCAGGCCAUCGUCAAGGAGGGCCUCAUCUGCAAAGCGUGCCGCUUGUCCAUCCAUAGGAAAUGUGAAGUGAAGGUCACCACAUCAUGUCAGACGACUACCAACUAUGAGCAGCCUCCCACUCCUCAGCUGCCGUUAAAGCAUGUAGAUACACCGGGAUCUACGAGGUCCUGCAAGAGUGUGGAGAUAAGGCGAAAGCAGUCGCGGAGUCAGAGUGUGGUUCAGGCCAUGGAGGAGAGCUAUGAGGUGGACCUGGUCUACAUCACAGAGAGGAUCAUCUCUGUCUGCUUCCCCGCCGGCGCCGAGGAACGCAGCUACACCACCAACCUCAAGGAGGUGGCGACGAUGCUGCGGUCCAAACAUGGCGAGCACUAUCUGAUUCUCAACCUGAGCGAGUGGAGGAGCGACUUAACAAAGUUAAACCCCAAGGUUGUGGAGUUUGGCUGGCCAGACCACCAUGCACCGGCGCUGGACAAGAUCUGCAGCAUGUGCAAGGCCAUCGACACGUGGCUCAAUGGAGACCCACGCAACGUAGUGGUUCUGCACAACAAGGGGAACCGAGGUCGAACAGGGGUGGUGGUGGCUGCGUACAUGCACUACAGCAACAUAUCUGCAAGCGCUGACCAAGCGCUGGACAGGUUCGCCAUGAGGCGCUUCUACGAGGACAAGGCGCUUCCCGUGGGCCAGCCGUCUCAGAUAAGAUACGUGCGAUACUUCAACGGCCUUCUUUCCGGACACAUCAAAAUCAACAACAAGCCUCUGUUCCUGCACCAUGUCAUCAUGCACGGCAUACCCAAUUUUGAGUCCAAAGGAGGCUGCCGUCCUUUCCUGAAGAUCUACCAGGCAAUGCAACCCGUCUAUACGUCAGGAAUAUACAAUGUGCAAGGAGACAGCAACACCAGUAUCUGCAUCACUAUUGAGCCAGGCCUGCUGCUGAAGGGAGACAUCCUGUUGAAGUGUUACCACAAGAGGUACAGGAACUCCACCAGGGAUGUGAUGUUCAGGGUGCAGUUCCACACCUGCGCCAUCCACGACCUCGGCGUGGUGUUCGGGAAGAACGAGCUGGACGAGACCUUCAAAGGUAACGGCUCUCUGGAUGAGAGGUUCCCAGAGUAUGGAAAGGUGGAGUUUGUUUUCUCUUAUGGACCAGAGAAAAUCAAAGGUACAGGCCUGGGCCACCUGGAGAACGGGCCGAGCGUCUCUGUGGACUACAACACCCAGGACCCUCUGAUCCGCUGGGACUCGUACGAGAGCUUCAGCCAGCGCUGCGAGGACGCGGUGGACGGCGAGCUAGAUCUUGUUCACACCCAAGGUCCACUUGAUGGAAGCCUGUAUGCCCGGGUCCGCAAGAAAGACUCCCUGGAGGGAGUUGUCACCAUCAACGGCCUCCCAGUCCAUGAAAGCCCCUUGACCAACGCUGAGAACCAGUUACAACACCCCAGCCAUCCCCUCCAAACCACUGACCAGACCCUUCCUGUGACAGGCCACGCCUCCCUCCCUGCCGUCGACCACACCCUCUCCGUGAGCAGCGACUCGGGCAACUCCACCGCAUCCGUCAAGACCGAUCGUACCGAUGAGCACAGCCAGUCCGUGCAGGGCGCCGUGAACCACAACAACCCAACAGCGACCCACCCACCGCUCAGCCCACAGGAGAAAAGAGAGCUCGACCAGCUCCUGAGCGGCCUCGAGGCACCAAUUCACCAACGACAAGCCUACCUGUCCACGUCCACCAGUCCAGGAGGAGGUGUCCGACACCUGGUCCCAGCCCAAGUGCACGUCAACGGGGGCCACACCAGGCUAGUUGGCGCCCCUUCAACAGAGGAGCGUGAGACAGAUAUUCUAGACGACGAGCUGCCCAAUAGCCAAGAGGGCAACAGUGUGGACAGCUUGGGCACGCUGUCAUCCCUGGAGGGCCAGGCGACACCGGCUGACCUCUACUACCAGUCACAGACGCCCACCAGCAGGCCGAACGACGGACCCUACCUUGAGAGAGUUGUUCUUGGGGAAAAGUUGAGCGAGAUGCCCGUGCAUGGAGUACGAACGCCCACGGCGAUGCAAGAGAGGUCUACGGACUCUGCAUCGCCACAGGGGGGAUACAACAACUACCAGAACGGAGAAGGGAUGUACCGUUCACAGUCCUUUGGGAAUCCGCCAGCCAGCAGCCCUGAGACCAACCCUAAACUGAUGCCAAGGGCCCCAGAGAGGAGCACCAGUAGCCGGGACGCUGUUCAAAGAGGUCUUAACACCUGGCACCAGUAUAGCCUCCCAGAUGACCCGUUUGGCCCUCCUCUUCAGUCAACCCAUAGCUUGCCCCACUUCCCCACCUCAGCCUCGCAGCGGGACAUCGAGCAGUCCAUUGAGGCGCUCAACAUGCUCAUGCUCGACCUGGACCCAAUCAACUCCCACAUGUCCAAGUCCCACAGUGCGCCUCCUGGGGAGAACAGCCUCAAUUCUUCCCAGGCGCCCUUCUCACAGACCCUCGCAAGACCCUCAUACCAAGCAGACUCUGCCAUCCAUGGUUACAACAACUCCGGGUCUGCCAACAACUCCUUUCAUCAGCCCUUACGGUCGACUGGGAGAAUCUCAGCAUUGCCCAACCAGAGCCCCGUGAUGGAGUCCCCGGUCUAUUCUCCCCAGAGGUCCAACACCGGCUACCAACACCAAAACACCACCCCAACACACACCCCAGAGCCCUACCUCCACACACGCCAAGCAGCCCACCACUACCCCACAGAUCCCAUCCCUAAUUUCAACCAGCAGGUGCCAGUGAAGCCUGUGAACUCGUACACAGGAGGCGGGGCUUCCCACUCCCCGGACCCGCAGGGCUCGUCUCCUUAUCCGGGCUACAGUGCCUCUUCCUCUCCUCUCCCCGCACUCACCCCCCAACCCAAGGAUACAUCUUCUUCCUCCUUGCCAAGAGAACAAGAGGCAGAGGAGGAGACGCUUAACUUGGAGGGCCUGGUGGCUCACCGCAUCGCCGAGUACAACGCUCGUAUCCGGGGCAUCAGUGAUAGCAUGACAUCGCAACAAUCUGACCGCCAUCGCUCCUUUUCCUUCUCUGGGGUUCGCUCCAGAGGGAUGACCCCAGAAGUGACGCAGGAGACGGGCCGGCGUCGGACCACCAGCGAGGGACAGUACCAGAGCAACCAUGACAACACGCCGAUGGUGGACUCACCGGACUUCGCUCACAAUCUGGCCCUCAACCCGGGAGGACGACCCAGAGAGGGUCCGAUGCACAGCUACCGGGAGGCGUUUGAGGACGACGAGGCGGACCGGUUCGCCAACAGUCCCACCUUUAGAGGCGGUGGUGAGAAUUCCCCCCCGACCCCCAGCUUCCCCGUGUCGCCACAGACUCCUUACUUCAACAUGUCUCGCUCUCCUCCAGGUUUGGCCAAGACUCCUCUGUCAGCGCUGGGACUGAAGCCUCAUCACCACCAGGGUGGAUCAGACUCUGAUUCUAAUGAUGGAGAGCAAGAUAAUCGCAGUUUCGGGGACUCCAGAGCACAACCGUUCAACGUUCCUCUCUCCUCCAGCAGUCCCGUCCACUGCACCGACGGGAGGAGGAUUGGUUCUUCAGACUUUGCCCCGCACAGCCCCGCCCUUUCCUACCCUCACAGACCCGCGUCCCCCGAGGGCUCCCAGGUCAACAUCAUGGGCGUCCACACCGUCCCCGGCAGCCCCAACACCCUCCACCGCACCGUGGCCACCAACACGCCGCCGAGCCCCGCCCUCCAGAGACGCCUAGGUCAAGCCAGCCCGUCCCUGGGCAGACACCCUCCUCCCGUCGGCAGCCCCCUGAUCGGCCGUAAAACAGCAACAGGUGGCGUGCCUCCCAGCCCCUUGAUGGGGCGACGCACAGCGGCGAGCGGCCACAGCACACCCGACGAGCUGGGGGCCGCUUCCCGUCAGGGGAGCGCCCAGCCGCCCUCCACGCCCGCCUUCCCCGUCUCCCCGCAGCUGCCGGAGAAGAGGCACAUGUCCAGCGGAGACGCGGAGAGGCCGGACAACAAGAACCUGACGCCGGCCAGCGGCGGCAGCACGCCAAACCUGUCUGGCACGCACACACUCCCAGACGUCUCCAAGUCCAUAUAUGAUGGUUAUCCAGACAUUAAGAUGAAUGUCAAGUUUGUGCAGGACACGUCCAAGUUCUGGUACAAGCCAGACAUCACCAGAGAGCAAGCCAUUAACGUGCUGAAGGACAGGGAGCCCGGGGCGUUCAUCAUAAGAGACAGCCAUUCCUUCCGCGGAGCCUACGGCCUCGCCAUGAAGGUGGCCUGCCCCCCACCGACCAUCCAGCAGGCCAAAAAAGUUGGUGACAUGACCAACGAGCUGGUGAGGCACUUCCUGAUUGAGACGAGCCCCAAAGGCGUCCGUCUGAAGGGCUGUCCCAAUGAGCCCUACUUCGGUUGUCUUUCUGCUCUGGUGUACCAACACUCCAUGACUCCGCUGGCGCUGCCCUGUAAGCUGAUGAUCCCCGCUAAAGACCCAAAUGAAGAGGCGCUGGAGCUCGCCACACCUACUGAUCCACUUGUUGAACUUCUGAAGCAGGGAGCAGUUCAGAAGGUUCCUGAGGACGCCCAUGCGUGCAACGUCCUCUACAUCAACUCUGUGGACAUGGAGUCUCUCACGGGGCCUCAGGCCAUCGCCAAGGCCAUCAGUCAGACGCUGGCGAGCAACCCUCUGCCCGACGCCACCACCGUUCACUUCAAAGUGUCCACGCAGGGCAUCACGCUCACCGACAGCCAGAGGAAACUUUUCUUCAGGCGACACUAUCCCAUCAACACGGUAACCUACUGUGACAUUGAUCCCCAGGACAGAAAAUGGGGCAAAGAAGGAGGUGGCUCAGUGAAGCUUUUUGGAUUCGUGGCGAGGAAACAAGGAAGCACAACAGACAAUGUCAGCCACCUGUUCGCUGAGCUGGACCCGGACCAGCCCGCCUCCGCCAUCGUCAGCUUCGCCUCCAAAAUGAUGAAGCGGUGAAACCCCUUGACGUCCAAAUGGCAGCGGCCGUUUUGAAAUCUUCCUCCAUCAUCGGUGUCUUUUUCGCCGGGACACGAUGAUGUCUUUUUUUUUAUCUUUGUUUCCUGUCGGUUUGUUUCUGUUUCCCUUCUCUCUCUUUUUUCUCUCUGCCUUGCUGGUUUGUCUUUUCUCGGAAGAGUCUCUAUUUGAAGGAUUUCGUCGUGGAUCCAGUGCGGGCGAUAGAGGAAGUUGUGGCGUAGGAGCCGUGAACGUGACAAACGUGGAGAAGGGAGAACACGUACUAAACAGGGCAAACCUGUACUAGAAGGUAGCUAAAGACUAAAGGAACAAUGCUAAGUUCAGUCGAGGAACGUGGAAGGACUCGUGUGUUUCAGGGUUUUCUGUUGUCGUUUUCGUUGAUUGAUUUACCAAAGGUAGUUGCAAUACAAGUGCAAGAAUGAUGUAGCUAUUAAGCCAUUAUUAUUUCCUCUUUUCAAAAGAUGAAGUGUCGAAAAAAAAAAAAAAAAAAAAAAAAACGUCUUCAGGAAAAAAGUUGGCCUCGAUGGCUUUUAGCAAAACAGAGUCUGAAGACCUUAUGCAUGUUAGCUUGAUCUUUAAGCUUGGUUCUUCUACCUUCCACAAAAAAAAAAAAAAUUUCAAAAAUCAUUGUGAAAUCCUUAGAAGUGGUCAUUUUUACCGGGUCUUGUUGUGUGUUGGAAAGGGCUCUGCAGUGAAAACAACGACUGAUCUAAAACUGCGCAUAGCAAAACCAGACUUUUAAAAAGAAGAGGAAAAAAAAGAUGAAAAACGCCACGCUUUAAAAGGUUCACUUUGUGUCACCUGCAUCACCAUCAUCGGCCUCCGGAUCCAAGCCUGAUCUCUCUACAAAAAAACUCAUUGGGAAAAACCUGAUCGCAUGGCAGACGGGAGAGUUUGUCCACAAGAUGGCGCCACUCCUUCAGGCUUGCCCCCCCCCCCCCCUACACCUCCCACACCCACCCAUAGACUCAUGCUUGCAGUAGUGGAUCUGUUGAUAGACGCUGCCACUGAAACACACUGGAAAUCACCAGGGACUGGCCCGAUGACCUGGACCUAUGCACUGUUCUUUAUGCAUGUUGUUGUCCCAGAUUGCACCCCCUCCCCCCACCCGCCUCCCCUCCCUCAUAGCUACAUUCAACAUCACUGAAAUCAUUCUACGCUGAAAAUGACUUUUAAAAACCUUUAGACAAGCACACCCCCCCCGAUGGCUGUAUGACUUGUCCAAAAAGACUGCAUGAAAAAUAUACAACUUUUUUGUACUCUUCUCGGAGUCUUUGAAAAAGAAGUAGACAACCCAUUGUUGAAGUAGUCACAUGAUGGUGAGAUGCUCUAUUUUGACUUUUAUUUUUUGGUCCAUUUGAGCCAGGGUUACCUUUCACUGUAUCAAGGUUCUUUCCUUCCGCAGUGUCGUCGAAAUUUACAUUUAGAUAGAGAUAGGGCAAAAGAAGAAAAAAAAAAAGAAAAACACACUGUGCGCAAAAAUGCCUGCUUGUUGAACACACGCUCAACCAUUCACAAUAAGCUAAGGAAAAAUUGAUAUAAAUGUACAUAGAUAUACUACUUUGAAAGGUGACAUAGCGAAAAAGUAUUUAUUUUUGUUGCUUUGGUCCCUCAUGAUUACUCAUAUAUACAUAUAUUGUACAGUCUAGAUAAAGAAGAUUACCUACUGGGUUGAGAAAAAAUACUUAUUUUGGCUAAUGAUUUCAAAGUCUGACGAUUUUGAAAUGUGUUUGAAUAUAUGGUGUACAUUACUUUGUACAUGUAUAUGUUUGUUUUUUCGGCUCGUCAUGUUUUUUUGUUUUUUUUUUUGAACGAGGUAGAGGCAUGAAUGAGAUAGACUUUUUGCAUGGAGCAUUUCAAAGGGCGCCGUUUCAGCAGCAGAAACGGCGCUCGUAGAGGCGUCGUAGAUGUUUAAGGUUAAAGGGAAGCCAACCUCAAAAAUGCAAUAUGAAAAACAGCUGUAUGCACCCAUGACAGUUCCAUUUAUGAUUUUUUUUGCCAAAGAUUCAAACACUUUUAAUGCUGACUGGCUGCUUUUUACGUGUUUUUUUUUUGUGUUUCACACUUUGCUCAGCUUUUAGCGGCAAAUUAAAGAAAAACAGUGUGUUAUUGGUCAACACAGGGGUUAGGGGUUUACAUCCAGCUGCAAGAAAGCAUGGACUUUUUACUCAUUUGACUCCAACCUCCAAGAAGAGAACAGGUGCCCCAGUUGGGAAGUGUGCAAACAAAGAAGCACUUCACAAUACCAAAAGAAAAUAUUCCAUUUGGCUUCGCCGUGACGCUAAAAAAGCUCCACAGCUCUGUCAGACUGCCAAAAGGUGUCUUCUUCGGGCCCCUCUCAAAAAAAGUCACUGAUUUAUUUAUUCUUAUUUAUUCUUUAAAAAUUGUCAUUGUCGCAUCAUCGCAGUUUUUAAACGGUCAGUGUUAACGAAUGGAGGAAUGUACGGUGGCGCUUUAUUGAGAGCAAAGAGGUACAGUGCACUUAAAUCGACUACUAACAAGCUUUACGCCAUUUUUAGUCAUUUUUGGAGAGAUAAUCUCUAAAUUUAAAAAAUAAAUAAAUUGCAUUUUACCUGUUGGCUUUGAGUCAAGAGUCACCAGAGAAAAAGAAGUGAUUUCUGUGACCCCUAUGUACACAUGGGACUUGUUGUAUGAAUGUGCUACUAUGAAUGUACAAAAGGGUCUCAGAUUUUGUUUGCGCUUAUCAUUUACAUUAUAUUGUCAUGGCUUACCUGUUCCUAAGGAGAAAAAAAAAACAUUAAAGCAAUACAAAUCAGUUA